AUGGCACUCUCCGACAUAGCCGACUGGCCAAGAAUCGAAGCCGUUACUGAGUUUAGGCUACGUACCGGUCAUGAUUGGCUGGCAAAGCACCUUUACAGAAUAGGAGCAUACACUCAGCCAACACGCUGCAUAUCUGAUCUACAGGAGGAAAUGGAGAAGACUCACCUGAUUCGGUGUCCAGCCCCAAAAGAAACUGGGAAACCAGAAGACAGCUAUUGA